AUGGCUUGUCGAAGUUUCUCCCAUCAUCUAUUCGUCACAGCGGUGGCGAUCAUGAUUGGCUUCGCUUCACCGUCGUACUACACCCGACCGUGUGAUACCGCUAGCUCUUUUCUCGAAGGCGAUAAUGAUGGAGGAGGAGGAGAAGUUGCUGAAGUUCCUAAUAUUGUAAUGGUUUCCGGUGGAAGCGAUGGAAGGAACCGGCGGAGCGGCGGAGUUGGGUUUGUUGGUGGCUACAGAAAAGGCUCGUCCUCUGGUGAAGGAGGGGGUACCUGGAAGGAAGGAAGCGGUGGGCAAAGCUGCAGAAGGGGCUCCGGAAGCGGCGGGAAAGACGGUGGUAGCGGGUGGGGAUUCGGUGGUGGAUUCGGGGCAGACCCCGAUAGUCUUCGUUUGCUGACCCGAUUUUUCUCCCAUCAUCUAUUCGUCACAGCGGUGGCGAUCAUGAUUGGCUUCGCUUCACCGUCGUACUACACCCGGCCGUGUGAUACCGCUAGCUCUUUUCUCAAAGGCGAUAGUCAUGGAGGAGGAGGAGAAGUUGCUGAAGUUCCUAAUAUUGUAAUGGUUUCCGGUGGAAGCGAUGGAAGGAACCGGCGGAGCGGCGGAGUUGGGUUUGUUGGUGUCUACAGAAAAGGCUCGUCCUCUGGUGAAGGAGGGGGUACCUGGAAGGAAGGAAGCGGGGGGCAAAGCUGCAGAAGGGGCUCCGGAAGCGGCGGGAAAGACGGUGGUAGACGGUGGGGAUUCGGUGGUGGAUUCGGGGCAGACCCCGAUAGUCUUCGUUUGCUCACCCGAUUUUUCUCCCAUCAUCUAUUCGUCACAGCGGUGGCGAUCAUGAUUGGCUUCGCUUCACCGUCGUACUACACCCGGCUGUGUGAUACCGCUAGCUCUUUUCUCAAAGGCGAUAGUCAUGGAGGAGGAGGAGAAGUUGCUGAAGUUCCUAAUAUUGUAAUGGUUUCCGGUGGAAGCGAUGGAAGGAACCGGCGGAGCGGCGGAGUUGGGUUUGUUGGUGUCUACAGAAAAGGCUCGUCCUCUGGUGAAGGAGGGGGUACCUGGAAGGAAGGAAGCGGGGGGCAAAGCUGCAGAAGGGGCUCCGGAAGCGGCGGGAAAGACGGUGGUAGACGGUGGGGAUUCGGUGGUGGAUUCGGGGCAGACCCCGAUAGUCUUCGUUUGCUCACCCGAUUUUUCACCCAUCAUCUAUUCGUCACAGCGGUGGCGAUCAUGAUUGGCUUCGCUUCACCGUCGUACUACACCCGACCGUGUGAUACCGCUAGCUCUUUUCUCGAAGGCGAUAAUGAUGGAGGAGGAGGAGAAGUUGCUGAAGUUCCUAAUAUUGUAAUGGUUUCCGGUGGAAGCGAUGGAAGGAACCGGCGGAGCGGCGGAGUUGGGUUUGUUGGUGGCUACAGAAAAGGCUCGUCCUCUGGUGAAGGAGGGGGUACCUGGAAGGAAGGAAGCGGUGGGCAAAGCUGCAGAAGGGGCUCCGGAAGCGGCGGGAAAGACGGUGGUAGCGGGUGGGGAUUCGGUGGUGGAUUCGGGGCAGACCCCGAUAGUCUUCGUUUGCUGACCCGAUUUUUCACCCAUCAUCUAUUCGUCACAGCGGUGGCGAUCAUGAUUGGCUUCGCUUCACCGUCGUACUACACCCGACCGUGUGAUACCGCUAGCUCUUUUCUCGACGGCGAUAGUGAUGGAGGAGGAGGAGAAGUUGCUGAAGUUCCUAAUAUUGUAAUGGUUUCCGGUGGAAGCGAUGGAAGGAACCGGCGGAGCGGCGGAGUUGGGUUUGUUGGUGGCUACAGAAAAGGCUCGUCCUCUAGUGAAGGAGGGGGUACCGGGAAGGAAGGAAGCGGUGGGCAAAGCUGCAGAAGGGGCUCCGGAAGCGGCGGGAAAGACGGUGGUAGCGGGUGGGGAUUCGGUGGUGGAUUCGGGGCAGACCCCGAUAGUCUUCGUUUGCUGACCCGAUUGUUGGUGCUUAUAAUCUUGGUGCUCAUCCUCAUAUUGCUGGUUAUAGCGAUCUCCAGGGCAAUCAUUUGA